CCCCCUCCCAGGGAGGCAAUGACAGCGGCUCCGGGACCGUCCCCGCAGCAGAUCAGGGACCGGCUGCUGCAGGCCAUCGACCCCCACAGCAACAUACAUAACAUGGUGGCGGUCAUGGAAGUCAUCUCCAGCUUGGAGAAGUACCCCAUCACCAAAGAGGCGCUUGAGGAGACUCGGCUGGGGAAGCUCAUCAAUGACGUGCGCAAGAAGACCAAGAAUGAGGAGCUGGCCAAGCGGGCCAAGAAGCUGCUGCGGAACUGGCAGAAGCUCAUCGAGCCGGUCACGCCCAGCGAGGCCGCCCCCCCGCGGGGGCUCCCCCACCCGCCUGGCUCAGCCAACGGCGGAGCUCACAACUGCCGGGUGGAGAUGCCGCCGGCCCCCCUGCUCGGGUCCAAGCCUGUUCCGGACGCGAAGAACCGGAACGACGUGCAGAAGCUGCGCUCCCCGAAGCCGGGGAACCGGAAGAGGAAAGGCAAGCCCCGGGACGGCCCCCCGCUGCCGCUGCCUCUGCCCAAGGCCCCCAAAGACAGCUACGAAGCCUUGCAGAACUCCUCUCCGCCCCCCACCAACGGGAUCGGGGGCAGCCCCGAAAGUUUCCCCAGCCCUCCGGACGCCAGCCUCGCCCCGGGGCCCGAAGGCGGCUGGCCAGAACCUGGCGAAAGCGACAAGCUGGGCAAGAUCCCCAUCAACGCGGUGCGGCCGCACACCAGCUCCCCGGGCCUCUUCAAGCCCUCCGGGGCUGCCUCGUUGAUUAAGGCGGCGGUGCUCCAGCAGCACGAGGAAGCGGCAGCGGAGGAGGCGGGCCCCGCCCAGCCCAGGAGCCCCCGGUGCGCCUCCUUCAGCCUCAGGGGCGCCCGGCUGGAGGCCUUUGCCCAGCAGCAAGCCACGUGCUCCCCCAAGGGGGGGACGCCCACCCCCUCCCCGAGGCCCCCUCACCCGGAGGCUCCCGCAGCGUUGCCCUUGUCGUCGUCGUCGCUGCCGCCGCCGCCUCCCCUGCCUGCCGUGCAGCUGCCCCUGCCGCCGCUCCUGCCGCUGGCGAAGAGGCUAGAGGCAGGCCAGGCGGCCCCCCUGCUGCACGGCCCAGAGCCCCAGGCGGCCGCCGAGAGCCAGCUCCGCCUCGCCGCAGCCGGGGCCUCUCCCGGAAGCGGGGCGGAGCCCUCGGCCCCCUUUUCACCAGACGUUUCAAAGAUGGACAGUGACGGCACUGCCUCGGGCUCUGACGGCAAGAAGAAGAAAUCGUACCGGCCCAAGGACUACGUGGUCAACCUGGACGGGCAGGUGCUCGAAGGGGGAGUCAAGUCCGUGCGGUUAAAAAAGAAGCGGCGGCUGACCUUCGACCCCAUGACGGGCGAGAUCAAGCCUCUGGUGGCGGCAGCAGCGGCGGCGGCGGCCCAGAGGGACUCGUUGCCAGGGCCCGUCCCUGCUCUGGCCGAGCCGCCGCACAGGACAGGCGCCGAGAAGCCGCCGGAGCUGAAGCCCCCGUUGCAGAGCCCCUUUGAGCAGACGAAUUGGAAGGAGCUCUCCCGCAACGAGAUCAUCCAGUCCUACCUGAACCGGCAGAGCAGCCUGCUCUCCUCCUCGGGGGCGCAGACCCCGGGGGCCCACUACUUCAUGUCGGAGUACUUGAAGCAGGAGGAGAGCACGCGGCGGGAGGCCCGCAAGAGCCACGUGCUGGCCCCGCACAGCAGCAAGCCCUCGGACUUGCCCGGGGUGACGCGGGAGGUCACGAGCGGCGACCUGGACAGGAUAUGCGGCCAGCGCUGGCCGGGCGUGAAUGGCUGCUACGACACACAGGGCCACUGGUAUGAUUGGACGCAGUGCAUAUCGCUCGACCCGCACGGGGACGACGGGCGCCUGAACCUCCUGCCUUACGUCUGCCUAGACUGAGCCCGGUUUCGCCAGGAGGCGCUUCGGACACUUCGGGCGGUUUAGUCGAGCGGGCAGGUGUGGUGGGCCCCCCUCCUCCCUCCCUCCCUCCCGGAAGAGGCUCACCUAGCAGAGAGGAGGGUGCGUGAAAGCAAGAGGGGGGCCUGGCCGUUCCUCCUUCCCGGUUUCAAACAAACAAACAAGGGUUUUGGUUUUUGUUUUGUUGGGAGUGCUGCCACCGGCCUACUUCACAAAAUCGCAACGGGAGGCACGGCGAAAGGUCUGGAGCGAAAACGGGAAGCGUUCCGGACGCCCUUGCGAGCUGGGCUGUUAAAAAGCGAAACAAAAGUGUUAGUUUCCGGAAGGGCGAAGGCUGUUUCCGGGCGGCUUGUGAACGCUGGGAUCCGAGGGCAGGCUGGUACAGGUGCGGAGGGGGGAGCCGUGCAAGUGGAACGUUAACACAGAGUAGUUUGAGUCUAUUUAUUUGUCUUUGAUUUGAUUUUCUUUUAAAUAAUAAUUAAAAAAAAAGGAGGAGGAGGAGGAGGUAAGGCAUUGGGAUGUUUCAGGACGAACUGGAGUUAGUUCUCUUUUGAGUUGCACCUCUCCCCAAGAGCCGCCUCUCCCCUGACGCGGGGAGGUGGCUUGCCACGGCGUCUGCACUGCAAUGCUGCCGGGGUGGGGGAGGGCGGCGGGAGGACACCCACACCCCAAACAGGGCUCUGCAUUCCAUAGUCUUUCACGAGGGGAGGGGGCAAGUUUGGUUUCAGUUUGAACUUAAUCUUAAGACAUGCUGCAAAAAAGAGUCCACAGUUCCCUUGAGUGGCAGCAGCAGCCUGAGCGUGUGUCCCCCCCUCCCUCUUGGGCAGAUUUUCUUUGGAGGGGCAGGCGGUGCGGUGUGUGUGCGUGGUGGGGGGGAAGGCCGUGUGAGGGUCGCUUUUUUGUUCUGACGAAGGAAAAUCCAAACCGUACUGAGGGUGCUACUAGUUUGUCAAUGUCCUGUGAAGGGGGAGACGGAAGCCUGUUUGUGUGCUGGAAAAUAUACUUGUUACCAUUCCUCUAGAUAUUGUUUGCCUUAUGGAUAUCCAUCACAAAAGCGACUUGCAAAAACAGCCUUAGUGAAUGUACAGUGACUAGACUUCUGUGUUUCUGGGACGCAGAAGGGAGCAACUUUGCUAUUGGUCCUUUCAGUGGACACAUUGUGAUAUAAAUGUGGAAAUAAAAGAAAAUUUGCACAAAAGCC